UGAAUGGCUGUGGAAAAUGACUCUUCUGUGACUGAGUUUAUCCUUAUGGGAUUAACAGACCAACCUGAACUCCAACUACCUCUGUCUUUUCUGUUUUUGGUGAACUAUGGGGUCACUGUGGUGGGCUAUUUGAGCUUCAUUAAUUUAAUUUACCUGAAUUCUCACCUUCACACCCCAAUGUACUUUUUCCUCUUCAGUCUGUCCUUUAUUGAUCUCUGUUAUUCAUUUGUCUUCACCCCCAAAAUGCUGAUAAGCUUUAUUUCAGAGAAGAACAUCAUUUCCUUUACAGAAUGCAUGACCCAGCUAUUUUUUUUCUGCUUUUUUGUCAACUCUGAGUGCUAUGUGUUGACAGCCAUGGCCUGUGAUCGCUAUGUGGCCAUCUGUAAACUGCCGUACACAGUCACCGUGUCCCCUCAGUUCUGUUCUCUGCUGAUGUCUGGUUCAUACGUGAUGGGGUUUGCUGGUGCUAUGGUCCACACAGGGUGCAUGGUUAGGCUGAUCUUUUGUGAUUCCAACAUCAUCAGCCAUUACACAUGUGACAUCUUCCCCCUCCUCCAGCUCUCCAGCAGCACCUAUGCCGGUGAGCUGGUGACUUCUGUUAUUGUGGGCACAGUUGUCAUUGUAUCUAGCCUCAUUAUCCGUAUUUCUUAUAUUUUGAUUCUUUCCAAUAUCCUUCACAUCUCCUCAUCUCAGGGUUGGUUCAAAGCCUUCAGCACCUGUGGCUCCCACCUAGUAACUGUUGGUCUGUUCUAUGGAUUUGGGUUGCUCACUCACGUCAAACCAUCAUUUGCUGGGUCUGUGGGCCAAGGGAAAUUUUUCUCAGUGUUUUACACCAAUGUGGUGCCCAUGCUCAACCCUUUAAUUUAUAGUCUCAGGAACAAAGAUAUCAAACUUGCUCUGAAGAAAACCCUGAAGAGAAUUACAAACUGA